AUGGAUUUGGAGGAGACAUACAAACAGGGAGAGAACAGAGAGGGGAAAAUUACUCGAGCUACAGCUGCAAAGUUGGUGAAAAAAGCUUUUCUUGAAGCCCUGAAAUCCAAUGACUUUGAAACACUGGAAGAGCUCUUGAGCCAAAAGAAAAUAGACGUGGACACAGUGUUUGAAGUCGAAGAUGAAAACCUGAUUCUGGCAUCCUACAAACAAGGGUACUGGCUUCCCAGCUACAAAUUAAAAAUAUCCUGGGCAACUGGACUUCAUCUAGCUGUGAUGUACGGACAUCUGGAGAGUCUUCUGGUGCUCCUCAAUCACAAAGCUACCAUCAACUGCCGGCCCAAUGGAAAAGCUGCCAUCCACAUAGCCUGUGAAAUGGCAAAUGUUGAGUGCCUGAAGAUCCUUUGUAACCAUGGAGCUAAGCUGAACUGCUUCUCAAUGAGCGGGCAGGCGCCCCUGCACUUCUGCACAACACGAACCUCCAUGCCUUGUGCCCAGCAACUGCUUUGGAGAGGAGCAAAUGUGAACAUAAGGACAAACAACAAAGAUGAGGAGACUCCUCUGCACGUCGUUGCACGUUUGGGUGUCCCAGAGCUCGUGGCCUUUUAUGUGGAACACGGAGCACAGGUAGAUGCUCUCAAUGCCUACAUGGAGACUCCCCUGGCCUGUGCAGCCUACUGGGCCCUUCACUAUAAGGAUCAGAUAUACAGCCAGGAUCACCACCUCAUCUGCCGGAUGCUCCUAGACUACAAAGCUGAAGUGAACGCUCGUGAUGAGGAUUUCAAAUCAGCACUCCACAAAGCUGCCUGGAACUGUGAUCACGUCCUGCUGCAUAUGCUGCUGGAGGCAGGAGCAGAAGCAAACAUCAUGGAUGUGAAUGGCUGUGCACCCCUACAGUAUAUCAUAAAAGUGACAUCUGUGCGCCCAGCUGCUCAGCCAGACAUCUGCUACCAGCUGCUGCUGAAUCAUGGAGCAGCUAGGAUAUACCCUCUGCAAUUCCACAAGGUGCUACAAGCCUGUCAUUCCCACCCCAGAGCUGUGGAGGUAGUCGUCAACUCCUAUGAACACAUCAAAUCCACAUCUAAGUGGAAAGCAGCCAUACCUGAGGAUGUCUUGGAGCGGCACCAGGAUUUCUAUGACUCCUUGUUCACUGUGUGCAGCAAUUCACCACGGUCACUGAUGCACUUAUGCAGGUGUGCCAUUCGGGCAAUAUUGUCAGAAAGGUGCCAUCGAGAAGUGCCCUUGCUCUCCAUCCCUCUGUCCAUGAAGAAGUAUCUGCUGCUGGAACCAGAGGGAAUCAUCUACUGA